AUGUUCACAAUAGAGUGCUCCACAAAUGUAGCCCAAGAGGGUAGGAGUCAAUUAGCCAGUGGUCUCCGAUUCUUUCGCCACCCAGAAUCAUCCUUCCUAACCAUCGGACGAUCUUCAGCGCAACCAACACCGCCAUUGACACAUUCGCCAAAGCGAUCGACAAGAUCUACCAGCCUUAAUACCCCUUUAGGGUUUUUCAAGGACGACUCCAGUGUCAGCAGACCCGUUCAAGCUCACCAACUUACCCGUCGACUUUCCCAAUUUCAACUCGGUAGUUUUGUAGAUCAAGCAGCUUCCGAAACUUCCUCACCGUCUCAAAGCACCUCCCUUGAGAAAAUACUGCAUCCUGUACCGGAAUCGGACACCUCAGACCCCUCCAAGUACGCACCAUUGAACACUUCAAAGGUGCCUGAUGUCGUGGAGUCCAUCUCACAGCUUUCACCAUUCCAGCCGUUCGGAAUAGUCGAGUCUAUGCUAGGUAGCAAACCACCGCCCGCGUCGAUCGUCCAAUCACCCCCGGUGUCAGCUAUGCAAACCCUGAGGGUUAUCAAGUACCUCAGGCCAGGAUAUCUGUGGGAUUUCUGGCUGGCGGAUCAUUCACAAUAUGGGAAGGUGGUAUUGAAGCUAGUUUACUUGCCAAAUUAUCCCUGCAAUAGACCCGAUUAUGAUGAUUAUGUCCCACCGGAAGAAGUCAUCACAGAAGCUCUCAAAGAAGAAAGUCUGUACCUAGGUCCCCUCACCAAGCUACAAGGAGAACUGGUACCAAAGUACUAUGGUCUAUAUCACUCCAUCCCUGGCUCAUACCACAUCGCCAUAUUGUUAGAAUAUGCGGGGCAUGCCAUCGGACCAGGUGAAGUUGAUUUGGAUGAAGAGUGGCAGGAGAAAUUGUACUCCGCCUAUCAAAGGUUGCAUCGUCACGGAGUAGUCCAUCGGGAUGUCAGUACUCGACACAUCUUGAUUGACGACCAAGAACGGAUUCGCCUUGUCAGUUUCCGUCGAUCUGAUCAAAAAGACUUGAAGGAUGAGGACGACGUGGGCACCUUGAUGGAUGAAGCUAUAAUUGUAAGAACGAGGAUAGGCCCUGAAUCGCUUGACGAGAUUGACUGUGAUUCACUUCCUGCGGCAUAUUACUCCGAUCUGGAAAACCCCGAGAGCUUCUUGCAAGAAUUGAGAGAUGUUGCAAAUGCACCUUGGCCGGACUGGGUUAUUGAGCAUAAUAGAAGAUUAGUCGAUUUAAGACUGCCUCCUAGCGAUGACAUCAAUUGGGAAGAGUAUAUGUAA